AUGGAUUUAAUUUAGUUAUCAUCGAUGAUAUUAAAUACACUCUUAUAUGCUACAUAAUAUGUGAUGAGCAAAUAUAUCUAUAGAAUAUAGAAACAGAAAUUAUCGACAAAUGAUAAAUAAUUGGCUAAGGCAUUCCGAUAUUAGAGAAGGAAAAUAAAAAUUAUUAUUAUGGGGUUGCCAACUUUAUUGUGCUUCGCUCAGAAUUAUUACAAUUUGUGUUUGAGUUACACAUAGUCAGAAAAAUUGAAUAUUUUUGAGUGCUUAAAAAAAUUUGAUACUGAAAAAAUAGGUAUGGGAAUAUUAACAUCUUUUUAUAUGACUCUAUUAUUAUACAUCGGCCCAGUCUAUUAAGAAUUUUGGAAUGGGAAUUUGAGGGAGAAAUUUAGUAAAAUUAGGUUCAACAAAUUUAGAUGGGAUUACUUUACGAAGAUCGUUAUUACUCCAUUAAUUGAUGAAAUUAUAUUUAGAGAACUAGUGAAUAAUGCUAUAAAUGUUAGAUAUUAAAAUAACAUUCAGUUUAUCAUUUAUUCAACAUUGUUAUAUAGUUUAAGUAUUUAAGAAAUAUUAACUAAUUAGCAAAGGCAUUGUCUUAUCAAUUAAAAUAUGGAUAGCUUUCACGUUAUGAAUUCCUAAAAACAUUUGUAUUGGGACUAUACUUGUCCUUUGUCUUGGUGUAAACAAAAACAAUAGUGACAGUAAUAAUCAAUCAUGGACUUAUGAAUUUUAUGGGAAGACCGAACUU